UGCGCCAUGGCCGCCUUACGGCCCGGAGGCCGGGCCCUGCGCCCGCCGCUCUGCCGCGCCGUGGCGGACUGCGGCCGGCGGCUCGGCCCCGAGCGCGGUGCGGAGCGCGGGGAUGCGGCGUCGAGCGGGGUCUGUUCCCCAGGAUUUUGUCCUCCAAGAAAAUCCUGCCAUGAUUGGAUCGGACCCCCAGAUAAGUAUUCAAACCUUCGACCUGUCCAUUUCUACGUCCCAGAAAAUGAAUCACCAGUGGAACAAAAGCUUAGAGAAUUAAGACAAGAAACACAAGAAUGGAACCAGCAGUUCUGGGCAAACCAGAAUUUGACUUUUAGUAAGGAAAAAGAAGAAUUCAUUCGCUCCAGACUGAAAACUAAAGGUCCAGGCCUGAAAACGGAUGCAGGUCAAAAAGCAGCAUUGACUGCAGACGAAAUGGCUGAUUUUUACAAGGAAUUUUUGAGGAAAAAUUUUCGGAAGCACAUGUAUUAUAACAGAGACUGGUACAGGCGCAACUUCACCAUCACCUACUUCAUGGGGAAGGUGGCCUUGGAGAGGCUUUGGAACAAGCUGGCACAGAAGCAAGCGAAGAGGAGCGGCUAGCACUCCCCUCCGGCCUGCAGCCUCCCGCUGGCCAGGCCACGUGGAGGGGCCUGGGAAAUGCUGCAGUGACCACAGCCCCAUGAUUUUGUCUGUGGCUCCGUGUGUCGUAUUGUCAGGAAUGUUGUCAAUAAAGCUCUGAGCGCUG